ACACAACCAAAAGGGGGAAAGGAAAGAAACACAAACCUCUAUUAUACCAGUCGUUCAAUUCCUAACCAACUCCUCUCUCGACCAUUCGGUUUACUCGCUUCGUAACAAGCUGGUUUUUCGUUGUGUGUGUGUUCUCCUCGGCCUCGAGCAUGUGUUCCAUGUUUCCUUCCCUUGUUCAUUUACAUUAGUGUGUGCGCGCGCGUCUACACUCUCUCACCGUAGGCCAACAUAAAGACAGUCGACACGUAUACAUAUAUAAAAUUCAUAUAAUCGUGUGCGUUCCCUAACUCUCUAUGUAAGAGUGUCGUCGUCGUCGUCCUCAUCAUCGUGUGUGCAGCAGUGCGCGAGAGAAAAGAUUAUUUUCCUCGCGGCUCGCAAUGCUCCGAGCAUGUUUUUCCGACAUUCAGGCAGAAUAGUGGCAUGAGUCGAUUAAUCUAUGGCAGAUCAACAAGAUCAGUCGUUGUCUGGGGGGUCUGUAGAGAAGGCCAAUGCUUCAGCAGACACCUCUAAAUUAAGGGGGAAAAGCUCUAGCAGUGGCAGCAGUGGAAACAGAAAGAGACAUAAUAGUGGUGCCGUCCCAAUUACGCUUGAAGAGAAACGUCGUAAGCAAACUGUUGGAGAACCACAGCCAUUGCAAAUUCUUCAAGGAACUUCUUCAACUUCAUCAUCAUUGUCAUCAUCAUUAACAUCAUCGCAACGGCGAUCUAUUGAUAAUUCUUUAAAAGGUGAAAGUCGAACCCGAGGAGAGCGUAAGGGACAUGGCACUGGCUUAGGAUUAUUAUUAGAUACAGAUUGGAGACAGCGACAAAAGUCGCAGCAGCAGCAGCAGUUGAGCACUAUUGGAGGAAGCAACGUUCGGAUUCGAAGUAAUACAACGAAAAAUAGCUCUUCCGAUUUGAAUUUGGCAGUUGAUUGUGUCGCAUCAAGGACUCGAUCACGUGCAUUGAUAAAUACUCCAUUUUCAUCGAAACCAAACACAGGAAUCGAACUGCCCCUAUCAAGUAAUCUCAAUAAUAAAAAAACAAUCACGAGCAAUAGUAGCUUGACACCUUCAUCUAGCAGCACUUCUAUUUCUAAUCAUCCGUCUACAUCCAAAGGCAGAGGCCAGAGGAUGAGCGAAUGUCUGGAUGGAUUUGUGUCUGCUGUAAAGGCACUUUUUCCCAUAUCGACACAAACCUAUCAUCAAGAAGGUAACAAAAGCCAGAGUGGAACUGGCAGUAGUAGCUGCUUAAACAGCAGUACGAGUAGUAGUCAAGCUUUUGGUGUUAAGUCAAGCAUCAGAGUGGGUAACGCAGCCAGCAACUCUGUAGAGAGUAGCGGGGGGGCGUUGGCACAUGAGGGGGCAGCAGGCACUAGUGGCACAACAGCUACAGCAGCCACUGCCAAUCCAUCUGUGUCUGCCGCCGCUGCCAACCCUCAGCCACUCUCAAAUUCAACGCACAAACAUUUAUUGCGUUCGCGUGUCAAACUUGUCGGUGAACAAACCAAGGAUUGGCCAUCCACCAAAGUUUCCGGGAAGCAUCACAAGAAAGAUUCAUCAUCUGGUUCUUGUUCCAGCUCAAGACAUCGAUCUUCGUCGCGAGCCCGGAAGGCAUUAGAAACAACUUCUGGCGGUGCCAAUACUUUAAUUUCAGGAUUUGAUAUAGUUACAAAUAGUACAACCCCAGCAUCAGUUGCAUCGUCUGCCCCCAGCAGUCAAUUGACUUUAAGCACAACAGGCGAAGAGUCAGCAUCAACAGCAAGUUCAGCAACUGCAAGCGGAGGUCCCUCUGGUAUGUCAGCGACAACAGGUGACAGUGAAAGUGACGAUGGCGAAGUUGGAAGACUACAAGCACUUCUCGAAGCAAGAGGCCUUCCACCCCACGUUUUCGGAGCACUUGGUCCACGAAUGCAGCAUUUGCUCAACAGAAGUAUGGGCGCAAGUUCUGCUGCGAAAGCACAACAACUUCUUGCUGGAUUACAAGCCGUCGAUGAUGAGGGUGAACAACUUCAGGCUGUUAUUGGAAUGGGAGAAAUUCUUGUUAUGGGCAAUGAAGAUACACUACCUGGUUUCCCAGUUAAACAAGUUGUUGCCGCUCUUAUUAAUCUCCUUGGAAUUGAGCACAAUUUUGUGAUAAUGACACACGCAUGUCGUGCAUUAACAUAUAUGAUGGAGGCAUUACCACGUUCAUCAACAGUUGUUGUUGAUGCAGUUCCAGUUUUUCUUCAAAAACUCGAAUCAAUUGAAUGUAUGGAUGUUGCUGAACAAUGUCUCACUGCACUUGCAAUGUUAUCACGUAGACAUAGUAAAACAAUUCUUCACGCUGGCGGUGUAUCGGCAUGUUUAAAAUUUGUCGAUUUCUUUAAUAUCACAGCUCAACGCGCCGCAUUAACAAUUACAGCAAAUUGCUGUCAAAAUUUACAUCCCGAUGAUUUUCAUCUUGUCGCUGAAAGUUUACCAUUAUUGACAACUAGACUUGCUAAUCAAGAUAAAAAAAGUGUCGAAUGCGUUUGUCAGGCAUUCAGUAGAUUGGUGGAUAGUUUUCAACAUGAUCCAGUGAUGCUUCAUAAAAUUGUUAAUGCAGAAUUAUUGCAAAAUUUACAACAAUUAUUAAUGAUAACACCACCUGUGAAUAGUAUUGGAAAUUUUAUAACUGUUCUUCGUAUGUUAUCGGCAAUAUCAAAUCGUUGUCCUGAUUUGGCACAAUUGUUAUUACAGCAAAAUAUUGCUUUUACUCUUAGCUAUCUUCUUACUGGAUCAUUAGAAGUUAAGACAGAGGAUGUUGAACUUGUGUCAAGAUCACCGCAAGAAUGGUUUGAAAUUACUUGUCUUAUUGAAGAAUUAAUGCCACCUCUACCAACUGAUGGAAUAUUCAGUGUUAAUAGUUUAUUGGAAAGGACGAAUAAUCAACAGGAGACUGUUCAUUGGGAAUGGCGAGAUGAACGUCAUUGCUGUCAUCCGUUUAGCACAAUUGAUUCGCGCAUUAUCGAGAUGGCUUUUCAGAAUGGAGAAGACGAAAUAUGUUUGUCGACAUUAGGACGAACUUAUACAAUAGAUUUGACUGUGAUGAAACAAAUUAAUGAAGAUAUGGGAAUGGCUAGAAGCAUAUUCCGUAGAGUUAACACUAAUCCCACCGAGGGUAAAAGUCCAACUUGUUCAUCUAGUAUGGACGUAGUACCACCAGUGAUUGAAACGAAUGAAUGGUUAGUGUCUUUCAUUCGAACAUUAUUUUCUGUUUUGUACGAAGUGUACAGUAGUUCAGCAGGACCGGCUGUUAAACAUAAAUGUUUGCGAGCUUUAUUGCGCAUGGUUUAUUAUGCGUCAACAGAUCUUCUUAAAGAAGUUUUAAAAAAUCAAGUUGUCUCUUCACAUAUCGCUGGUAUGUUGGCUUCACAAGAUUUACGAAUUGUCAUUGGAGCAUUACAAAUGGCGAGUAUUCUCAUGAAGAGAUUGCCACAAGUUUUUGGUGUUCAUUUUCAUCGUGAAGGCGUUCUUCAUCAAGUACGACAAUUGGCCGAUCCGGAAAUUCCACUCGGCGUCUCACCGCCCAAGUGCUCUUCUAGUACAUCAUUGCCGAGUCCACAACCAGGCCCAUCGAAUACUCCUCUUUCAACUAAUAGUCCACUUUCGUCUAGUAGUGCAACAUCUCCAAUUGCCUCUCCAAUUACAAAUGGCAAUAUUCUUUUUGGAACGAUAGCUUCGAGCCAAUUAAAACCGAAUCUUACUGCCACAAUGGAAACUCGUAGUCGAAGUGAUUUAACCGUUAGUAUCGAUGAUUCCAACACUCCGCCAAACGCUCACUUAAGAAUUGGAGAUGUUUUAAAGAGAAAACGUCAGAAUAAAAAAAGUCGUUUCUCACGAUUGGGAAGUGGUACACCGCAACAACCCCAACAACCAGAAUCUUUAUUCACGGGAUUUGCGCCAAAGAACAGUCGCUUUUUAGGCAAUUUGAAUCCAGCAAGAUGGGGCAAAAAAUCAUCAUCUUCAAGUUCAAGUAGCGAUAAAAGGGAUUCAAGUUCGUCGACUAAUUUGGUUAAACCCCCAAGUAAUCCUAGUUUAACAGGUGGAAAUCGCGAUAAAGCGAAAGCCUGGGUACGCGAGCAGGCCUCACAAUUUUUAGCGCGAUAUCAAGAUGAUGCGCCAUGUACUCAUCCCGCAUUAACCGUUCUUGCACGACUCACGUCAGCUAUUCAACGUUUACAGUCGAACGACACGGAUGAGAUGUUUUCAGCGUUGACGGAACUUCGUGACAUUGUUUUGGAAAGUGAUAUUUCCCCAUUCGAAAUGAAUUUCAGUGGCCUCAUCAAAGCUUUGUUGAACUACCUCACAACAACGGACGUUCCUGGCAAUAGAUACGAUCGACUUCGUAUGUUCUGGAAACUUUUUGCUGAGUCGACUAUUCAACAGGAAAACAAUUUAAUGGAUUUAAAUCCUGGAGCAUUCGGUGCUUUAGUCAUGAAGCUUAAUAGCUGUGUUGCGCAAUUGGAACAAUUUCCAGUUAAAGUCCACGACUUACCAGCUGGUUCUGGAGCUGGAAGGGGCAGUGUAAGUGCUCUAAAGUUCUUCAACACGCAUCAACUUAAGUGCAAUCUCGUACGACAUCCGGACUGUAAUAGUAUGAAACAAUGCAAAGGUGGUCCAGUUAAAGUAGAUCCACUAGCUCUUGUACAAACAAUAGAACACUAUCUUAUGUUGCCAAAGUGUGAAAAAAUAAGAGACGCCGAAUCAAUGGCGAGCGAGGAAGAAAAUAGUGAAGAAGAUGCAGACGAUCGUUUGCCUAAUCAAAAUUCAGGAAAACAUAAAAUUGAAUUACUUAUUGGAAAUGAAGUUUUACCAUUUGAUAUGACUGUUUAUCAAGCGGUUAGACAGUUUGGUUGUGCCGGAAAUGAUCAUUCCGAAGCUGAUGCCGACAGUGAACCGCCUUUAGGUCAAGAUGCUGUUUGGAUGCAAACGCACACAAUUUAUUACAGACGCAUUAAUAAAGACGAAAACUCCACAUCGCCAAAACCAGGCUCCAGUUCUCAAUUAAGUAGUCGAAAGGGAAAAGGCAAAAGUACAAAAAUCAGCUCAAAGAGAAAAGAAGACAGUCUUUGGCAAGAUGGAGCAUUACCCUCGCAAAUUUGUCCUCUUGCUCCAUAUUUGUCGCCAACUUUACCCUCACUUGUGACGAUCUCAGAUGCAUCAUUGGAUGGACUUUGCCUACUGAGACUUCUUCAUGCUCUUAAUAGACAUUGGGGUGUUCUUUUUCCACAUUUAAAAAGUACAAGUCUUCUAUCGUCACAAGAUUUUAUCAAUAAUAAAAUUGCCGCAAAAGCAAGUCGUCAACUUCAAGAUCCUCUUGUUAUUGUCACUGGAAGUCUACCCUCAUGGCUACAACAAAUCGCUACUGUUUGUCCAUUCCUGUUUCCGUUUGAUACGAGGCAACUUUUACUGUACGUAACGUCCUUUGAUCGCGAUCGUGCGCUCCAACGUCUUUUAGACUCCGCCCCUGAAAUCACAGGACCCGAUAGUCAAGAACGCGUGACUCCACGCUUACAAAGAAAUAAAAAACGAAUAUCAAGAACUGAUAUCUUAAAAGAAGCUGAACGAAUUGUUCAAGAAGUUGGAUCAAGUAAAGCACUUCUUGAAGUUGAAUACGAAAAUGAGGUUGGAUCUGGCUUAGGACCAACAUUAGAAUUUUACGCUCUUGUUUCUAAAGAAUUACAACGCGCUGAACUUGAAUUAUGGCACGGAAGUUCUAAUCCAACUCACGAUGGUUAUAUUAAUAAUCCACAUGGUCUUUUCCCAUCACCAAUACCGUGGAACACGAGGGUUUCACAACUUGCUAAAUUAAAAAGCAAAUUUAAAUUUCUUGGAAAAUUCACGGCAAAAGCUAUUUACGAUUCAAGAAUGUUGGAUUUACCGUUUAGUAAGAGUUUUUAUCGUUGGUUGUUGAAUGAGGAACAAUCAUUGGGUUUACCGGAUUUAGCCCAUUUAGAUGUUGAUGUUCAUCGUUCUUUAAGCAAACUUCAAGAAGUUGUUAGACGAAAAGAAGCAAUUGAACGAGAUCAAACUUUACGGCCGAGUGAGAAAACUCAAUUAAUUGAAAAUCUCAACAUGGACGGCUGUCGUAUCUGUGAUCUUGGUCUUGUUUGCGAAUUACCCGGCUAUGAAAAUAUCGAGCUCAGAAAAGGUGGAAGUGAAAUUUCAGUCACUAUUCACAAUUUGGAUCAAUAUAUCAAGUUGGUGGUACAUUGGUUCUUAUAUGAAGGAGUUUUUAAACAAAUGGAAGCAUUCCGUGAAGGUUUCGAAUCUGUCUUUCCAAUUGGACAUUUGAAGCUUUUCUUCUCCGAGGAAUUUGAGGCCGUUUUUUGUGGUCACGUGCAAAAUGGAGGACGAUGGGAUGUGAGAACAUUACACGAUUGUUGUCGAACCGAUCAUGGAUAUACACCCGAUUCACGAGCCAUACAAUUUUUAUUUGAAGUCAUGUCAGAAUAUAAUAGCGAAGAACAAAGACAAUUUAUUCAAUUUGUCACUGGAUCUCCAAGACUACCUGUUGGUGGUUUUAAAAGCUUGACACCACCAUUAACGAUCGUAAGGAAAACUCUUGAUCCCUCAAUGAGAGCAGAUGAUUUCCUGCCUUCCGUAAUGACUUGCGUGAAUUAUUUAAAACUGCCAGAUUACACGUCUCUACGGAUAAUGCGCGAAAAAUUAAGGAUAGCAUCACACGAGGGUCAACACUCGUUCCAUCUUUCAUAAAAAUUUGAAAUACAAAUACACGCUGAAAAACUAAUUCUUCACAUUUUCGCGCCAAUGCCGCCCCCUUAUCUCUCUCUCUCUCUAUCUCCCAUCACCGUAAAACCAAUACACAGAUUGAAUUCGACCUAUAAUGUGAUUAGAAAAUUUUUCUUUUAUUUCUUUCUUUCUCUUUAAAAUAAUUUCAGUUUAAUAAAUUUUCUAGUUUUUAAUGUCGAUUUCUCACGUGUAAUAAUAAAAAAAAACCCAUUUCGAUUUUGGGCCAAGCUUAAAAAAAAGGGGUUCGUGAUUGAUGAUGAUGAUAAUAAUAAAAAUAAUAAUAAUAAUAAUAAUAAUAAUCUCAAACAUGGAUUGUGCUUGUCGUUGUGGUCUGGUAUUUGUCUUCGGUGUUUUUAGAAAUUAAUAAUAAUUAAAAAAGAAAACAAAAAAUGAGAGACAGACAAUUUUGAAGACAAUUGUAAAUACCUAGAAUUACGUCGAAGCAGUUUGAUAUACGCAAGUCUAUAUAUAUAAAUACUUUAUAUUAUACGAUAUAGGUAUGAAACAAAAAAAGAAAAAAACAAAAAAAUCAGUACUGCUUUAGAGAUCGAGUUACAGAAAAAAAAAAGAAAAGAAAGAAAAAGGAAAAUUAAAAAGACACACCCCGAUUAAAAAAAAUAAAAGUAUGAAACGAGAAAAGGGCGUUUACCGUAAAAUAUAUAAGUAAAUUUUAUAUCAGCGAUGCUUUUGUCGCAUCGACACAUGUCUGUUGAAUUCAUUAAAAAAAAAAAAAAAAUUUCAAAGUAAUUCAAGAAAAAUAAAGACAUGUAUGGUCGACAUGACCAAACUUCUAUAUAUAUAUAUACAAACAUAAUAUAUAUAUACAUAAUAUUAACGAUAAACGGUAAUAGCAACGCGUCUCGUAUUUUUUUUCUUUCCCUAUUUUUUUUUUGUUCUUUUUUCUCUUUUUUUUGCCGUCUUUGUAUAAUCGAUCUCUUGUGUUUUCGUUGCUUCGCGCGUCAUCGACGCUCUAAAAAAAGUCGUGUGCGACACUUUGUUCUCGUUUUUUUCAUUUUUAAUCGAUGUACCACGUUCAAUUUAUUAUUUGAUAUUUCUAUUUGGUAGGUAAGAUAGUCCAAUUAUCUCUCUCUCUCUCUCUUUCUAAGUUUAAGGGUACCGCCAAGGCAUCAUUAGACUAAAUCACAAAGAGUCGAGCAAUCAAAAAAAAAAAAAAAUGAUUGUUUAUAUUUAUAUACUAUAUAUGUAUAUUAUUUUAGUUUUAAGGCCAAUACCGUUAAGUUUAAUUUUGAAAAUGGAGAAUAUAAUUUUUUUUCUUUUUUAAGAAACAAAAGUUCUCUUUAGAAUGUGUUAUUUUUUUUUCUUAGAUUUUAAAAAUUUCUAGAAAUGAAUUUGGUUUUUUAUUUAAAAAAAAAAAAUUGUGGUGGUUUUAAUCUUCUCUCGGUGAGUUUUUUUUUUUGUUCCUUUAGUGAUGAUGUAUUUAGUCUAAUGAUGAGCAAAGGUGUUUAUUAAAUUUGGCAAUGUUAAUACAUAAAGAAAAAAAAAAAAACGAUAUGUUAUCCUUGUAGUCUAAAAAAAAGUGAAUAUAUGAUUGUUUUCUUUUUUU